CAAUCAAAUCAUAUUCAAUUUCACACUCAAAUACAUAUAACUAUGUAUGUAUGCUUUGACAUAAUUUUUAGUUAUCGUGAUGUAAUAAGUUAGGGAGAUAUUCCGUCUUUUGUUGUUCUAUGUAGGUAGCAUACAAGACAUCACUCCUCUCUUCGGUUACUCAGACGAAAUUAUUACAAGAAUUCUAUUCCACAGAUCUGAAUAUCCUAUUCGGUUUAAUAAAAGAAACAAAUUCUGUCAGAAUGUGAGUUUGUUUUUGUUCCAACUUGAGCAUUCGUCCACGUACGGAAUUUAUCGGGCGGCGAUGGCGAUGGCGACGGGGAUGCCGAAGGGGUUUCUUGGAGUUGUCACAGCGCUGCUUGUAUUGAGAGUUGGCGCGGCCUGCUCUAGUGGAGGCUGCAAGGUGGGGGAUGGAUGUUCGAGCGGUGGUGAUUGCGGGGCGGGACUGUUUUGCUCUUCUUGCGACGCCGCGUUUGAGGGCUCCCGAUGUGUUCGAUCCACCGCCACCAAUCAGUUCAACAUAGUGAACAAUUCUCUACCAUUCAACAAAUACGCGUUUCUGACAACCCACAACGCUUUUGCUAUAGACGACGGGGUCCCAAGACUUACCUUCACCAAUCAAGAAGACAACGUCACUCAACAGCUCAACAACGGUGUUCGCGCCCUGAUGCUCGAUACAUAUGACUUUGAAGGAGACAUAUGGCUGUGCCAUUCCUUCGGCGGCAAAUGCCAUGACUACACCAAAUUCGAACCUGCAAUAGACACAUUGAGGGAAAUUGAAGCAUUCUUGUCCGGAAAUCCGUCGGAAAUCGUGACGGUGAUCUUGGAAGACUAUGUGCACACACAAAAUGGAUUGACAAAGGUAUUCACGGAGGCAGGGCUGAUGAAAUACUGGUUUCCGUUGUCCAAAAUGCCUAAAAACGGACAGGACUGGCCACUGGUCAGUGAAAUGGUGGCUAACAAUCAAAGGCUGCUCGUCUUCACUUCUAUAAAGUCCAAGGAAAGCAGUGAAGGGAUUGCUUACCAGUGGAAUUACAUGGUUGAAAACCAAUACGGUGAUGAUGGAAUGAAGGCGGGGGAGUGUUCCAACAGGGGGGAGUCUUCAGCCCUCAACGACAAGAGUAAGUCUUUGGUUCUGGUAAAUUAUUUCAGGUCGGUUCCGGUUAAGGCGCUGGCCUGUGUGCAGAACUCCGGCGACCUCCUCGACAUGCUGCAGACGUGUUAUGGUGCCGCCGGCAAUCGGUGGGCUAAUUUUGUGGCUGUUGAUUUUUAUAAGAGGAGUGAGGGAGGGGGAACAUUUGAAGCCACAGACAUGUUAAAUGGGGAGCUCUUGUGUGGAUGUAAGGACGUACACUCAUGCGCUGCAGGUUCGAGCUGUACUGCUCAUUGACAAGAAUUUGAUGGACUCCUGCAGGCAGGUUCGAGCUGUCCAUGAUCAUCAUCUCCUCAAAGAUGAAGGAAAAUUGACUCCAUCAGCUCCUCACAAUUUCGCGCAUCACUGUAAUGACCCAAAUGUCAUUCGAAUAAAGGGACUUUGGUUAUAGUUUUCUA